CCAUUUUGAGAUACCGUCAUGACAGAAAACUUAUGGAUAUUUUACCUCUGCACGGAUUCCAAGUGUCGUUUGUCAAGAACAUCCUGAUAUUCAGCGCAAUAUGUGUCAGUUUAUCGCACGGUGGUCGUGCCAGACUGCUGACUCCCGACCAUCUCGCUACGAAAGCACAUAUCGAUUAAUAAACAUGUCGUUGUUUUACUUAGUGCCAGCUCUCGAUGUUGUUCGGCACUCAUUCCAAGUCACUGUUCUGUUAAACUGACGAUGCAAAACGUAGAGACAAUAUGUACGACAUAGCUAGGCAAGCCUGCUUUCCUCUCAGAAACUGAGCGGACACUUCCCUCAUCAACUGUACGGUUACAAUGUAUCGAAGCGCGUUGACACAACGUUCGAAAUGUUGCAAAUGGUCAAUUAUGGAGAAUCCAAGUUACUAAAGUGAAGUGAUGUCGCUUAUGCAGUGACCUGGGGACUUGAAACCAUUGCAUGUUGAGCUAAUGAUACGUUCUGGGGUCUAGUGACUCGCAUCAGAGAGCUAGCUGGCUAGCAGGCUACUUUUAUUCCGUUUAACAAAUCGCAAAGCUAGACCGGUCCAGUGUAAUGUCCCAUUGCAAUCGUCGAUAGCGAUAACCCCAAGUUUAAGUAAUGAAAGGUCGCGGUUUGCUUAUGAUAUAAACGUUUGGUUGUGAUUGCUUUGGCGGAGUUUGACAGGAGUGAGAUUUAUACUUCAUUUUCCCCAAAGCAAGAUGGACUCUCUUUCGCUUGUCUGUCUUGUCAGACCCCAGAUCGACAUUUUGCACUCUGAUGCAAAUUUGUCGUUGGUUUACAGCGACUAUUGACACUAAUAGGCUUGUUAUUCUGUUAAUUGUGUCCAACUUUAUGUGGAGCUUUUCACGAGAGGGACAUCGGAGUAUUGGCUAGUGGUUCUUGAUUCGGCGAUUAUGUCCCUUUGGAUUGCAGGGAGCACCACCAGUCUCACCUGAAAACUGACCGCUGCAAAUACAGUAAUCUUGUCGAUGCAAGUGUAUUGGGCAUUGGGUUUGAUCACUUGGUUGGUAAUGGCCUAGGCGGGGAAGCCUACGCGGGUGUGUUUUUGUCGCCAGGAUGUGGAGCCGCGGGGAUGGUUUCGAAUCCAGACUGCAACUUGUUUUAUCCAUGGAUUCUCGAGUGCACCACCAAACUGCACGUCCACUGCCUCGCGCUACAAGCACAUCGCAAAGUUAACGCCACGCCGAGUGCAAUGCAGAAUAACAUGUCGCUCGCUGGGUUUGAAAAUCAUGGUCAUCAUCAUCGCAUGACACCACAGCCUGAGUGACAGAUUCAUCUCCAUCUUUCAGAUACAGUGUUACCCAUAUUCUGUGACUAAGGCCACCAGCAUGAAGGGUGGAGGCCGAGGGGGGAAGGAGCCGCCGGUGGAGGGGGAGGUGAGCGGCAAGCGGCCCAAGCGGAAGUGCCUCCAGUGGCACCCCCUCCUCUCCAAGAAGGCCCUCGACUUCUCUGAGGAGGAAGAGGAGGAUGACGAAGAGGAACUGGACAAAGGGACCGUUCUGUGUGGCCAGCCCGAGGGCCAGGAGGUGGAGUGUGGCGUGGUGGUGGAGGAGAGCGAGGAGGACGCGUCGGAGCAGCGUGCGCGGCGGCCCAUGAACGCCUUCCUGCUCUUCUGCAAGCGGCACCGCUCCCUGGUGCGGCAGGAGCACCCGCGCCUCGACAACCGCGGCGCCACCAAGAUCCUGGCCGACUGGUGGGCCGUGCUGGAGCCCAAGGAGAAACAGAAGUACACCGACAUGGCCAAGGAGUACAAGGAUGCCUUCAUGAAGGCCAACCCCGGCUACAAAUGGUGCCCAACCACAAACAAGCCGGUGAAGAGCUCGUCUCAGGCAGUCGGGAACGCCCGCAAGAAGGUGUGGUCCAUCCCCACAAACUCCGCCAAGGACCCCUCAGCGGCCAAGAAGGUGGCUAGGACAGACACCAAGCCACAGCUCAACUUUGCCAUGGCCGAUCCGACUAAGAUGGGAGGCCUGAGCAUGCUGCUGCUGGCGGGAGAGCACGCCCUGACGGCCAGAGAGCUGUCCUCCUCCAAUGCUUCCCCUGCCGCUGCUGCUGUUUCCACUGCUGCCAAGCAGCAUGGAGCCUCCUCAGCCCUCUUUCAGCUCGCUGAGAUCUCGUCCACCACUCAUGGACCACCUCCUGAAUGUAAACGUGAGGAGGAGAAGAGGCCGGUGGGGAAUGCAAAUAAUCAGAUAUCCUCCAGUACCUCCAAGGCAUCUCCCUCCGCUCCAGAGGCCAAGCAGUGUGGCCAGUCAGCCCUCUUCCAGCUCGCUGAGAUGUGCUUGGCCUCAGAGGCGGUGAAAAGAGAGGCGCUGACCCCACAGUCUCCAGGCGACGCUGCUCACCCCCUCUCCUCAGAGAACCAUUCCACAAACACAGAUCCCAUGGAUCACACAGACUCUCCAGACCUCUCCCCAUCCACGCCCUCCCUCUCCACCUCCACCUUAUCCUCUUCUUCAGCAUGCUCCUCCUCUUCUUCAUCAUCUUCAUCUUCCUCCUCUUCGUCCUCCUCUUCCUCCACCACCUCCCCUGCGUCCUCCACCUCCUCCACCCCCACCGACCAAACACCGCCACUGCUCAGUCAGCUGAAGAAUGUGAAAAAGAAAAAGGACUUCAAAGACGUGGCCACGCCCAAGGCCGGCGGCAAGGCCCCGGGCUCGGCGGGCAAAAAGGCCCCGAAGAAGCGGGAGUCGUCCGAGUCGGACCUGGACAGCGUGAUCGACGCGGUGGCCAAGGGCGCCUGGGGCGCAGAGGAGGACGAAGGGGUGCCGCCACCCCGCAAAAAGCCCUGCAGCACCCUGGCAACCACCGCCGGUGACAAAAGCACUCCUCUUCCUCCUCCGCCACCGCACACCCAGUCACCUCAGCCGCCGAAAAAGAAGACGAAGCCUAAGCUGAAGAAACCGCUCAAAGCAAAAGAGGAAGCACAGGAGAACGAGGAGGAGGAGGAGCAGCAGCCUCCAAAAGAGGAGAAGGAAGAGGUGAGAGAAGAGCAGGAGGUGUUUGAGGAGGAGAAGGAGUCCAAAAUGGAGGACUGCAAACCACAAGCCCUGCUCGUGGAGAAGGAGCACACAGCGUUUUCACCUAAGAGGGAGCCGGAGCACGCUGCCCCGUUCCUGAAGACCGACUCCCCCGCGGGGAAGGAGGACUCCGAUUCCCACAGUCCUUUGGGAACGCCGGUCAAACCGGAGGAGCGGGACGGCGAGCUGAAAGCUGCGGAGUGCGGCGGCGGCGGUGGGUCGCGGAAGUCGGAGCGGAGCUGCAAAGGGGCCCUGUACAAGACGCUGGUGUCCGAGGGCAUGCUGACGUCACUCAGGGCCAACGUCGACCGAGGAAAGAGAGGCUCUAUCCGGGGCAGCAUCUCUGAUCAGGAGGGCUCCUGGCCAGAAGAGGCCUGGGCCUUCACCCAGACCAGCCCCAGCAAUCCUAAGAAGCUGAAGAAGUCGAAAUCUAAAGAUGAGACGACCCCAGGUCUGGGUAAGCUGGAGGAGGAAUUUGAGAAGAAGUUCAACAGUCUGCCGCAGUACAGUCCUGUGACGUUCGACAAGAAGAACACCUCGGUUGCCAAGAAGAAGAAGCCGUGCUCGCUAGCUCCCACAGAUCAGGUCAAGCCUAAUAAAGGGUCAUCAUCUGCAUCACAGAAAAAAACUUUAUUCCACAAGAUCGUUAGCAAGUACAAGCACAAAAAGGAGAGGCCCACCACCUUGGAGAAAGCCAUAGUAACACAGGAGUCGUCGGCGGUGGCGGUGGCGGCAUCGGCAUCGUGCGAGGCGUCAUCGUUGCCGUUGGCAUCGGCGCGGGAGAAGGGCUGUGCCCAGGCGUCGCUGGAGGCCCAGCGGGCCGCGGCCGCCGACAUGCUGGUGGGCAGUCAGAAGAGGAAGGCACGGAAGAACAAGAUCACGCACCUCGUACGCACCGCCGACGGACGCCUGUCCCCUGCAGACGAAGACAAAGCCAAGGAGUUGUUGUCCCAGGACAAGGAUGAAAAGCCAUUACCUGAAGAGUCUUUAUGCAAUGAGGAGAGGGAUCGGGAUCGGGAGAGGCAUCAGGAGAGGGAGGGGUGCCUGGCGGAGGCCGAGGUGGGCGUGACGGAGGCUCCCGAGGGGCUGCCCGCCUUCUUCAGCCUGGCCGCCCUCGCUGAGGUGGCCGCCAUGGAGAAUGUGCACAGGGGUCAGCGCGCCGUGGGCUUGGCCAGCGAGAGCCAGGGCAAGGACAUGGCUCCCCAGACCGCCGUGCUCAUCUCCUGUGCUGACCAGUGAAGCUGCUGGACACUCGGCCAGCCCCCCUCCCCUCCCCUCCGCUCCUCUCCCCACCGCCCCUCUCCCUCUCCGAGACGGCCGGUCUACUCAUGGUGCGUUUCACCCUCUUAACUUAAUCUUUUACCCUCCCAGUGCCAUGCUGGAGGGGGAAGGGGAACACAGAGAGGGACUGGACUGGAUUGACUGGACACUUGGAGAAGAGGAGGAGGAGGAGAGAUGAGGAGGAGGAGAGAGGAAGGACUCUAUGACGUGGCCUCUAAGGUGCUGCUCUGGUAUGAAUAAGUGGAAGAGAUGAAGAGGAGCGAGGGAGUAAGAGGAGGAGGAGGAGGAGGAGGAGGAGGAGGGUGCCUUUUCACCUGGGGAGAGUACCUCAGAUGCAGCACAUUCUUGCAGUCUUGCAGCCUUGUUACCUUGCAGCCUUGGUGGGCCACACUAUACUAUACUAUUCUAUACGCCACAGCCCUCCUCACUGUGCAGGGAGGGGGGGGGGGGGGGUGGGGACGGGGGAGGGAUGAGAGAGGGGGGAGGGCUGCAAUUGGUUUAGUGGAUGUUGUUGCACAAGAAUAUAAAAAAUAUGGCUGCCAUUUGUAAGGUCAAGUUUUGCAUCUUUAAAGUGCAUUCGGAGAAAGAAAAAAAAAGAAAAAGAAACUCACACACAAAAAAAAUGUAGGUCAGGAUGAUUUUUUUUCGGCUUUGUUUUAACGCGUUUCUUCCACAUAGCAGAGCUCUCGUCUCUCGUCGGGCAAAACGAAAAUCUCGUGGCUUCCUGCUGCUGUCCUUCCUGUUGUAGACCAAACUCACACAGCCAGUAGCCUGCACAAAAAACAACCACCACCACCAGAAUAUACCUCUCGUAUCUCUCUCCUCUCUCUCUCUCUCUCUCUUUCUCUCUCUCUCUGCUCUCUAUCUUUUCUCUUACUGAUAGUGCUCAAGCUGUUUUUUUUCUUUUAAUUUUGUUAUCAAAUUCUCAGAUCCUUCUACCGUAGAUUACCUUGAUGAGAGUAACUUAGACUGUCCUACGCCUGUGGAUAAUUGCCAAGAUACGUUAAGUGGGUCAUCAUACCCAUGAUCACCAUGCAGUGAGUGGUGAUGGAAACGUAUCUUAAGUCAAACUACCCAUGUUAGGUUUGGAAGGUGAUGUGGGUGAGAAAUAUGUUUCUGCAUAGCCACCGCAGCUUCUCAACAAUAGGCGAAAGGCUUCUAUGUGGCACUGCAUGUCAGUGAGACAAGAAGGGUUCGCUGAUGGUUUAAAGAAGGACCUUAACCCCACUAUAUCCCACUAGGAUUCUUCAAAAGUGUUUCAAUAAUCAACAACUGGCUGUAUACAAAGCUACGUAUACCCCCACAACCUUACUGGUAAUUCUCUGCUCACUUUGUCCCCCCAACUCAACUGUUAAUGCAACACCCUUAGCUGAAAAUGACUAUAGAUUCAAAACCUGCUUGACAUGGUUACCACAGACCAACACUUGAUAGAUAGUGGAGAGUGGCCAAAAGUGAUCACAAACUUGUAUAUCAGAUAUUGCUUUUUCUUUCCUAACAACGACCUCCUGCUACCCUCAUAUUUAUCAGCGUGCGUCUCUUUCAGAUUUGGUCACAGGAGAGAUUGAUGCUCGUUUGCAGUAGUUGUGGAGAUACUUGAAUGACGAAUUGCAUUUUAUUUCAAUUCUUGACCUUAUAGCAGUCUGUUUAGCUGUCUAGAGACCUAAUCCAAAUGAAUGCGACUAGUUUGAUAUAUAUAAUAACCUAGUUUAAUAACAGACACUGCACUAAUGUUCUGCUUGAGUAGAAAAAAAGGCUUUUCCAUGUAUUAUUAUUUUUUAUUUAGAACAGUUUGUAUUUUAUUUGUCUUUUGCGGAUUCUAUCGUUGGAUAUCAAAGUGUCACUCACAAUGUUUCUUUGGGCCAUUAGACCAUUUUCAUUUGCAUCCAUACUGAACUGUCUUCGAAUGACGUUUAUUUUUAUUUUAUUUUCCCAGUUGAUGUUGAUGAGGUGGAGAAGCCUGCUAUUCAUUCCCUUUUUGUUCAAACGAUCAGCUGGUCCUUUGUGUUGUUGUGGUGUGGUGCACCCAUUCAAUUCAUUCCUCCCUGUCCGGACAUAAUGUUAGGACAUGGGAUUCGGAGAUGAGAUGAGAUGAGAUGAGGGGGGCUCUAUCUCUUUCGUAUUUUACGUUUUUAUUUGCUUAAAUGUUCUUCUCCCUCUGUCUUUUUUCAAUCCCCUUUUUGCCCGUUUUAUCUAGAGCUUGCCUACCUGAGGGCUUUGUCCUGUCUUCUGUCCCUUCUGUCUUCCCUUUCCUUCAUAGCUACUGUAGGGUACAUACUAUUUCGCCUCUCUGUGGAAUCAGCAUGCAUUGGACAAAAAAAAACAUACUUUCUGGUUAUUUUCAUUUCAUUCAUACAAAUUGCUUCUCUAAAACAAAAUACAUCAGUCCCACAUAGACGGUAAUAACCAAUUGCUGUAUAUCUGUGUCCUUCAAGGUCAUAGUCUAGUCUAGACCACAGACUAGUCUCUCAGUCAUAACCAGGGUUAGUUACUGUACCAAAUGACCAUUUUAGGGAACUCUAAAGCCUUUCUAGAGCCUCCAGUGCUUGAGCCACACCUCAUUCGGUUGAUGAAGGAAUGAUACUGCGGGCCAGAUCAUACUGUAGCUUAAAGGAGAGCUUAGCUGUGAAUCAGCCCCUAGCCCUGCGGCCAUUAAGGUCAUCAAGUCUGCUGUGCUGUCGGUAGGAAAUGGCAGGGGUGCGUUUCUCAAAACCAAAGUUGCUUACUACAUUAGCUACUUUGUUGUUUUCAUUGCAUUUUCCCUUUGGCAACUACUGAAGUUGCUAACAGGCUAACAACUUCUCUUUUGAGAAAUGCAUCCCUGAUUUGUAUAAAGUAGAAGUAGAAGUACUGGUACACACAGUAUGUAAUUACAACACUAGUAGUGUGGUGUUACAUAGCUGCCACUGUGUGAUAUCAUACUACUGGUGUUGCCAUUACAUCCCUACGACUCCAGUACUUCUACCGCUACUUUAUACAUCUCUGGGAAAUGGAAUGGGAACAAUAGAGCAUCACAUCAAGAAAACAUGGUGGAAACAAACGAUUUUCAAUAUAGUGAUCAGUCAUGAAACCUAAAGUACAUUUGAGCAAGCUACCAGUUCACUAUCUGGUCCUCGUUGCAUUAGAUUCCCCUCUUCUUUUUCCUACCAACAGCACUUGUGACAUGACACCUCAGGGUGACACCUCAGGGUGACAUGACACCUCAGAGGUGACACCUCUUGAGUCUUCAACUCAACUACCACAAUACCCUCAGUGUUGCCAUCUUCAUGACAUCUCACUUUUAUUCUUACUAAUGUUGACCAAUUGUUUUUUUUGUUUUUUUUGACUAAUAGAAUGGUUCACCUUGACACUUUGCUCCUAACAACUGUCUGUGAAUUUAUAAAGGAUGUCUUUUUUUUUUACUUACUUUUAAUUUUGAAAGAAUAAUGUGAUUGUUUUUUGAAGCGUUGUUUUACUGGCGUUUGGUUCCUUCCAAGUGAUUUUUUUUAGCUCCUUUAGCCUCAGUCUUUCCUGAGGUCCAGUUUACUGGAUGAAGACUGUUGUCGAAAUCUUGUAAUCUUUAAAAAAGAAACUGUAUCUAUGCUUACCUGUUAAGCCAAUGAGCACUGAGAAAUAAUGCACAGCUUUUAGAUAAGUACGCCAUGUUUCUCCCUUCUCCUUGUGGGGUUAGCUACUCUUAAAGCGACUGCGUUGCCGUCUUUUUGGCUGGUGUGGAAUGUGUGUAGACUAGCGUAGGGGUGCGAUAUUUACAACAGAGAGGCUAUGAAUGUCCUCCUGUGCUUUUAUGUGUGAAUGAGACAUUUUAGUCAAAGCCAAGGGAUUAUAUCUGUAUGUGUUUAAAUGACCUCUGUUUUAUGUUUAAUCAAGAGUCAGUGUACCUAAUGGAUUGAUGAUCAGUUGUAAUCGGUGUACUGCUACACAUUGCGUAGCAGCGCGUGCGUACUGUAAGGCCCCCUGCAGACCAGCUUUGGUAACGUGUGCCAGACUUUGCUUUCGAUGUUAUACUGUAUUUAAUUAGAAUGUUUUAAAUGCAAUACCAUUUCAGUUCUUAACUCGGAUUGGGGCUUGUUGAUAAAUGUGUUUGUCAUAGUCGCCACAAACGAGUCUGCUGGAACUGCUAUGAUGUCCACCGUGGAGCGGAAAAUAUUGUCAGCUUGUAAAGUCUGCACAUAUCAUCUUGAGGCUGGUAUUCAGGGACCUUAAACGGGGGAACACCACUUUUUGGGAAUUAGGCUAAUUUUCCAAGUCCCCUAAAAAUGAACAGUCUUGUUUUACCUUUGGACCCAUUUGACUGAUGUUAGGAUCUGGAAGCAGUACAGUAGCUAUCCAGUUAGCUGUAAACCAUUGAAUCUGAUGUUACUGGUCUACUGGACUGGUCUACUUUGCUACUAAGAAGUGGUAGAGCCCUGCUGUCAGUUUUAGUGAUCUUUCUGCCACAUCCAGAGAACGGCUUAGUAAAUGAUUUAGCAAUGGUGGAAUUAAACCGUUAAUCUCAAAUGGGGUGGAAAAUGUGUUUUCCCUCCCAAAAAGUGGAAUGUUCCAUUAACUAACUGCUAUAGCAUCUCUCAGUGAAGGUAGUCCAGGACACAGCCCUGCUUACUGUUAGCCCUGGCUCUGCCGAAUGGUCACAACAUUUGGAAAAAAACGACCUUAGAAAUGUGUUAAAAGGCCCAAUUUUGAAUUGAGGUUUGACAUAUAAGUUUCAAAUCUUUUCUAAGAAACAAUAACUUUUUUGUGAUGUUUUUUGCUAAGCAAUUUUUGAAUGAAGUCAGUAUGUGAUUGCCUACACGUUUCCAGUGAUGAAAAAAUUUCGAUACAGAUUUUGAAUUUUUUUAAAUUAGUAAAUUUAUCAGAAAUAUAUGUCUUCCCGCAGUUGUUUAUGCUGAAGGGUAUGUUCUUCCCAGCAAUCCAUGGCUAAGACAUUGAGUUUAUGAAGCACCGUGUACAGUGUAGAAAUGGACAUUCACAAGAGAGGAUAUAUAGACAUUUGCCAAAGAAAAGGGAAAAUUGUCUUUAAAUAGAAAUUCUAUUAUAUAAAAAACUCUUCUGAUAGACAAGCAAUUGCUUCAGUUAUGUGGGUGGCAUAGCUCUUCAGGUAGAAAUAUUAUAUAUAUUAUCAGCACAAAUAAUUAUAUACUUCUGGUGAAUUACCUUUGAUUUUUAAGAAAGUAUAUUGGCACCUUUUAAUGCCUCUUAAUUAUAAAUAAAGUAUUGCACCUUAUCCCUCACCAAAUGAUCAGAUAAGAGAAUCUCUAUCCGCCUAAAUUACAUAGCACAUUCAUCGCCUCAUCUUAGAUAAUUAUUUAAACCUCGAAAUAUCAAAAUUUCACUUCAUAGAGUAUGUUAUUGCUAUUGUAUGUAUGGGAGUGCGUAUGCAUUGCAGAGUUAUGUGUUGUUGAUUUUUUUAUUUUCAGCAUUAUUAUUAGGCAUGAAAUUUGUCCCAUUUCCAAUCUGUCAUUGAAAGUCACUCAUAGUCAACUUCUAUCACCCUUUUCUAUGUAGGAGUUGCCUCUAUGAUCCUAUAUUGCUUAACAGACUAUUGAUAAUACCCUUUUGUUCUAGUACUGUCUCCGGAAUGUAAUGGAUUUUGUACCUGUAUUUUUCUAAUUCUAAUCCUUUCUGUAUGUAACGGUGGGCAAGUAUGAAUUUUAGGCUGUUGGCACAGGUGAAUCAUUUGUAAUUACUUGCCGAAGUAAUCAUUGCGACCGUUAAGAAAUGUUUUGAGCCUGCUCGGCCCGUUCUUGAUAGAUAUCACUAGACAUGAGAUCAGAGAAAAAAAAUCAUGUUAUACUCAGAAAGUACUCCCUGGUAACUGAGGUCAAUUUCAAGGUGAAAUCAGGGGCACCAUUGCAAAACAUUUGCCAAAACCCUCUACAUGUAUAUUUAUUGUUAUCAUUUUUUUAAGUUGUCUUUAGUCUUAAAACCUGAAUAUGCACCCAGAAAAUCAGAUAUAUUAUUCUUCUCUGUUUUAAGAAUGUACCCUCACGGCUAUCAAAAGUAUUUGUGAAGCAGUCUCGUGAAAAGGUUUACCGUGCGCGCCAGGUCUGUUUUCCCCUGAGGGUUCAUGAGAUGUGUGCUUGACCUAAUUUAUGUCGGUAACAAUUUACUUGACGCCGGUGUCAUAAGCAUGUCAUUACAGUGUCAUAAUAGUGUCAUAAUAGUGUUAUGCAUGUGUCAUAAACAUUAUGUCCAUGUCAUAAAUAUUUUGUGACUGCUGGCCUUACUUUGCCAUAACUGUAUGUCACUUAAGGCCAACAGUCAUAAAAUGUUUAUGACAUGGACAUAAUGUUUGUGACACAUCUAUGACUGUGUCAUGACACUAUUAUGACACUGUAAUGACAUGCUCAUGAUACCGGCGUCAAGUAGAGUGUUACCUUUAUGUCAGUAGUACUGUAUUAUGGAUAUGUAUGGACUUGAUUGUUACAGCCCAGAUGUUAAUGUUAAUGCAGCCUUGCCUUACUCAGCACCCUGUGUAGAAAGGGAUUCCUUUGCCAUUGCCCUCAGCCCUUCUCACUGAGUUGUAUGUCAUAACACUGUCUGCUGACCCAACGCAAUUAUUCCUCAAACACCUAUUAAA